UUUUUUUAUUUAUUUUUUAUUUAUUCAGACACAUUUUUCUUCUAAAAAUGGAAAUUAUUACUGCCCAAAAUUUACAAUUUAUUUUAAAUCUAGUUAAUAUUUUUUCUAUUUUUCUCUCUAUUCUCUCAAUAAUUUUUUUAUUAAUUGUAAUACGUCCUCUAUUUAAAUUUUCAAAGGAAAGAACUGCUCUUUUUAUUGUUUUUAGCAAGGCAAGUUUAAUUCUUUAUUGUUCAUAGCACGUCCAAAGCCCGGAACAAACCCGAGCCUAGUGUUAACGGCAGUCCAAACCGGUAACCAAAAGCAUCUUCUCCUGCACUUUUCGCCGUAUCCUCGUCUUUUC